GAGCAUGAGGAGCCUGAAGACCCCUUGGAGAUCGUCUGCUCCUCCUCCGGCUCGUCAGACAAGCCCCAGAACCCCAAGAGGGAGAGGCUGGCCAACUGCAAAACCAGCAUCACGGUGCAGGACAUCCUCACUGCUUCCCAGCUGCAGCCUGCGCUCCAGCGUGGCUACCAGUGUGUGUCGUGCUGCCGCAUCUUCCCCACGUUCUGCUCAGUCCAGACUCACAUCCAGAACAGCUCCCAGGAGGGCUACAGGUGCAAGGGGUACAACCGCAGGCUCCAGGCCCUGUGGGAGAAGGAGUGCAAGCAACGGGAGGCUGCAGCCCCCAGGCCCCCUGAGUAG